AUGAAGUGCUUCUUAUUCUACGUUGGAGAAAAAAAGGAUGAACCGAAGAGCACAAUUACAACAUUUACUGAUGGUGAAAUGAAGAGAUCUGGAUCUGAGUUAGAUUCCCAGAAUAUCUCUGAUGCGAGCACAGAGUCCAUGAGGAGGAACCAAUAUCCUAGUUUCUCUCAGAGACCCAGCAACCUCAGAGUAUUCACAGUUUCUGAGCUGAAAUCUGCCACGAAGAACUUCAGCCGCUCUGUCAUGGUUGGAGAAGGUGGGUUUGGGUGUGUCUAUAAAGGGGUGAUUAAGAGUGCAGAAGAUCCAUCUCAAAAACUUGAAGUUGCAGGGCACAAGGAAUGGGUGACCGAAGUUAAUGUUCUUGGGGUGGUUGAGCAUCCAAACCUUGUCAAACUAGUGGGCUACUGUGCUGAGGAUGAUGAGCGAGGAAUCCAGAGACUUCUAAUUUAUGAAUACAUGCCUAAUGGAAGUGUAGAGAACCAUUUAUCCAGUCGUUCAGAUCCUCUUCCAUGGGCCAUGAGAUUGAAAAUAGCACAAGAUGCUGCUCGUGGCCUGGCAUAUUUACAUGAAGAAAUGGAUUUUCAGAUCAUUUUCAGGGAUUUUAAAUCUUCAAAUAUCCUUCUGGAUGAGCAGUGGAAUGCAAAGCUGUCAGACUUUGGAAUGGCUAGGUUGGGCCCGUCAGAAGGAUUAACCCACGUCUCAACAGCGGUUGUUGGAACCAUGGGAUACGCAGCACCAGAGUAUAUCCAGACCGGACGUCUAACAGCUAAGAAUGACGUGUGGAGCUAUGGGGUCUUCCUUUAUGAACUCAUCACAGGUAGGCGUCCUCUAGAUCGAAACCGCCCUAAGAGUGAGCAGAAGCUCUUAGAAUGGGUGAAGCCAUACCUUUCCGACUUGAAGAAGUUCCGCCUAAUAAUAGACCCUAGGCUUGAAGCUAAAUACCCCCCUCAAGUCAGUUCAAAAGCUUGCAAUUGUAGCCAACAGAUGCUUGGUCAGACUCCCCAGAAUCGUCCAAAGAUGAGUGAGGUAUUGGAAAUGGUAAAUCAAAUUAUAGAGGCUCCACCAUCAGGCCAAAAUAAAAUUAGGGACAUAUCAUCAGGCCAAAAGAAAAUUAGGGAGGUACCAUCAAGCCAAAAGAAAAUUAGGGAGGCGCCAUCAAGCCAAAGGAAAAAUAUGGAGGCACCAACAGGAACAGCAAGUCCGCAACUGCCCCUGAGGAAUUUGGCACCGAUACAAACUUCCCGGGAUGUUGAAACAGUGAACAAAAGAAGAAAUUCAGAUUUAAGGAGAGGAGAAACUGGCUGGUUGUCUCGUGUGUGGACACCGAAACUUUUGAGGACAUGCUGA